AAUCAAGACGAACAAAAUAUAUUAAAUAAUAUUCAAAGCAGUACUCAAAAGAGGGAAAGACCAAGAAUAGUAGAACUAGUAUCAAUGAAACUCAAUAAAGCCAAGGCAGCAAAUACAAAAAAUAUAAAAAGGGAAUCUAUAAAUCUGUGA